GAAGGGGCGGAGCCGCAGGGGAGGAAGCCACCGUACACCGCGGUGCAGAGGGAGACCAGCCGCCGCUUAGUGUCCCCACCCUUCACCGGCCUGGCCACCGGUCAGGUCACCCUCGACGCCAAGCAGCGACACCAUGGCCAUCGCGGCGGCUCCGUCUUCCUUGGUCCUCGGGGUCUCGAGCCCGGCCGCGGCCCCCACCUCCUACGGGGUAUUCUGCAAGGGGCUCUCCCGCACCCUGCUCGCCUUCUUCGAGCUAGCCUGGCAGCUGCGCACGAAUUUCCCGUACUUCUACGUGGCAGGCUCGGUGAUCCUCAACAUCCGUUUGCAGGUACAUUUUUAGAGCCGCGGCUAAGCUAACGGUCUGCGGGCGGCGCAAUGGCGGACUCCCGGGCGGCCCGGUUGCGCAGCGGAGCGGAGCUGCGGUCGGGGCCUCGUCCGUCUCGCGAGAGUCCCCUCUGCGGCUGCGCGCACCGCUCUCAGCCCAGAGCCCGAGAUGGUCGGAGAAAUCCUGCUGUAACGAGAGAGGACCUCCGGGAUUUUCCAGGAACAGUGAAGGAUUUGAUUAAAGCCCACGACGGUAUUUAAGAAGCUGUGCGUCCUUAAAAUUAGGACGAACGGGAUGUUUUAUAAAGAAGGGAGGCUACUACAUUUUUCAGGAAAAAGAUGUAAAAUACAAGUUCGUGCUUGAGAUUAAAAUGAGAUCAUAAAUUUCGGGAAUAUUGGAUUGGAUUGUAAACAAACUACUGAAUGACUAAGAAGCUAAAGAUCUUGAGGCUAUGAUGGGGAAGCCAUAUAUUCAUCACACAGGAAAAAACAGACCAUCGGAAAUUUUCAGUGGAAAAAAAAACCUACUGGAAAAGCAUCCAUCCUUCUAAUACCAAACAUUGUAAAAUGCUGCAGGGUUUUGAACAGAGGUUUGGAGGAAAAUGGACUCUAUCUCAAUGUUCCUGUGAGUAGCAUGGUUCAAGACCGUGGUGCCAAAGAGAAGAAACUCCAGUUACAGCACAAAGCUUGGCUAUUUAAUGAAUAACAUUUAAAUAAUCAUAAUAAUUUAUGUAAA